AUGGAUGGAUAUCAACUGACGGCGACGGCGAUAGGCAAUCCCGGCGGAAUCAUGUACAACCUCAGUCUGAGCAUCCCCUUCGACAAACAAACCAACCUCACAGGUUUGUUCAAGGCCAUGCCCAAGAACGGCGGCCCGCUCAGAAACAAUAUCGCCCCCAACUACAACGAUGGAGUGAUGUUUGCUAACGACAAUGAGUUUAUUCUCUAUGGAGGCCUUUCACGGUUGACCGAUAGUCAGGAACUCCCCCCAGGCGAUGUGGUGCUUGGUUACCAGGAGUACGAAUGGGGCUCACCACCAAUUUCGUGGCAGCCAGGGUUCGUCCAGAGGAGUCUUCCCACUGGAGUCACUCGCUAUAUAACGAACGGUGCUGGCGUCUCCGCCCCGAGUGAGAAUCUCGGUUUCUACUUCAGCGGAAUGCGGGGAGAAGAUUGGGGGAGCAUUGAAGAGGGCGAUCAGACUGCAAACACGAUUGCAGACACAUUAAUUACGGUCAACAUGUCGAGUAUGCGGAAGGAAUUCUGGCAGAAUACGACGCUUCCUUCCGAAGUGCAUGGGCGAGCCAAUGCAGAACUGGUCUGGAUCCCGGUCUCUGAAUCAGGAGUCUUGAUUGCAAUCGGGGGAGUCAUCAACCCGGAAAUCUUGACGGCGGCGCAACAGCUGACGCCAGAGGAGGCUGAAGCAAGCAACAAAACGAGUCCCACAUUCAUGGAAGUACUUCCUGUCUAUGAUGUUUCCACUAAAACAUGGUACUUGCAAAACACCACCGGAGACAUUCCGCCGCAGUUGACCAUGUUCUGCUCCGUCGUAGCAGCGGCCGCCGAUGGCAGCUCCUUCAACGUAUACAUCUAUGGAGGCUACGACGGGAUCGACGCCGGAAUGGUGCCAUCGGACGAUGUCUACAUCCUCUCCAUGCCAUCCUUCACGUGGAUCAAAGCAUACUCCGGGAAACGCUCUCACGGCCGCAGCGGCCACCGCUGCGUGAAGGUGUACCCAGAUCAGAUGUUCGUUCUUGGUGGUAUCUUCAAGGGCGAUCCGAUGAUCUGUCUGACGGGGGAGUCAUCCAGGUGUUCAAUCUCAACACGCUGCAGUUCCAGGACUCGUACAGCCCGGAUGUGUGGAACUGACCUGACAAGGUGUAGUGUCAACGGCAGUGCGACCAAGACAUCGCCAGACCGGUGGAAUGACGAUGCUCUGGCGGGCAUUUUCUCGUCAAAGUAUACGAAGCCGAUGGCGACGUACUAUCCUUAUGCUGCGCCAAGCAGGCCUAGCAAUGUGACCGUCACAAAACCAGCUGACAGAACUGGAGGGAGGGGUGUGCCACUGGGUACAGUGCUGGGGAGUGUCGCAGGGGUGGUAGUGAUCAUACUUCUCGCAGCAGCCUGGUUCAUAUACAGACGACACCAGCCAAAGAACGAGCCAGCUGGUAGUGUCGACAAGGAGGAGACGCCAAGGGAGACGCCAAGGUCAACGGGUCCAUCCGUGGAGCGAGCAGAUACAUCAUACGCAGCUCUGGAAUCUCCUUCGACGGGCAUGUCGCCGGUCAGCGAGAAACAAUCCGAGGCAAACGUGGUGUCGCCGACGACAGCAGUGACGGAUGUGUCGCCAAUCCAGCCGAGCCAGGCUGAUAGUUCUCCAAUCUACGAGAUGGAGUUUAGGAAAUGCGUCGAACUGCCCACGGACUUUAAUCAACAGCCAAAAGCGCAUAUCAACAAUGACAAUUUUUGUCAUGGUACUAAUAGGCAUCAAGUCUCCGAGACAGACCACUACCAGACGAUGCAGACACCUCGUCCUGCCUCCACCCGUGGCCAUGACCAAGACCAAGACCAUUCGACAGAAAUCCCCAUUUCAGAUCCAUCCCUACAAAGAAAAAGAUUCUCCUUUACGCCAUCCAUCCGCUCAGACCGCUCUUAUCAUGAUUGUCGUCCUUCAUCAUCUUCUACUACCUCUUCUUCGUCAUCGUCGUCGUCUUCUUCUGGACCUUCACCUCUUUCGCCUCUGUCUUCUGCUGCGCAGCAAGAGUCGAAUUUUGACAAGAUUCCUUAUUCUUCGAGGAUUGUUGUCAAUGUUAAUGCGUGGAGAGGGGAUGGCCCGGAUGGCAAGACGACGGGGGAUUACUGGAACUACCUAUCUACAGAGCACUAUCCCCUGAGGACUCUAUUUGCUCAUCUCAUGGCUAUCCCAGACACGCAGUGGGCUCAAGUCCUCGAACAAAAAGGCGGCCCCGUCAUCUACAAACAGAUCCCAGUCAGCAGGCCCGGUCCGGACGAAGUCUUGGUCAAUAUCAAGUAUUCCAGCGUGUGCCACACAGACCUGAGUGUCCUGAAGGGGGACUUGCCGGCCUGCAUGAAGCUCCCUUUGGUCGGCGGGCACGAAGGCGCUGGCGUUGUCGUCGCCAAAGGCGAUCUGGUUGCGGGACUCGAGGUAGGCGACCAUGUGGGCGUCAAGUGGAUCAAUAGCUCGUGCAUGUCGUGCGAGUUCUGCCAGAAGGGUGAUGAGCCGCUUUGUGCAAAGGCCAUGAUGUCUGGCUGCUCAGUGGAUGGCUCCUUCCAGCAGUACUGUGUCGCGAAGGCCUUCCAUGUCUUAAAGCUCCCGAAGAACGUCCCUCUGGAUGCUGUCACCCCUGUCUUGUGUGCGGGGAUUACCGUCUAUAAGGGCCUGAAGGAAUCCGGGGCUUGUCCAGGCCAGGUGGUUGCUAUCGUGGGCGCAGGAGGCGGGUUGGGAUCGCUAGCCCAGCAGUACGCAAAGGCCAUGGGCCUGAGAGUCAUUGCUAUUGACGGCGGAGAGGACAAGAGAGCCAUGUGCGAGGAGCUGGGAGCCGAGAUCUACAUCGACUUCACCAAGACAAAAGACAUAGCCAACGACGUGCGAGCAGCGACACCGGACGGCCUGGGCCCGCACACGGUUCUCGUCCUCGCAGCAUCAGAGAAGCCCUUCCAGCAAGCAACCAGCUACGUGCGGUCACGGGGGACGAUCGUAGCCAUCGGCAUGCCACCGAACGCGUUCCUGAGAGCGCCGAUUCUGGACACGGUGAUGCGCAUGAUCAGCAUCAAGGGCAGCUACGUCGGCAGCCGACUGGACGGGGCCGAGGCGAUCGAUUUUUUUGCCCGGGGGUUGAUCAAGGUGCCGUUUAAGACGAUGCCGCUGAAGGAGUUGGGAAGGGUGUAUGAGCUGAUGGAGCAGGAGAAGAUUGCUGGGCGGAAGGGACAUUUAAAUGAUUUACAUCAUUCAUAUUAUGAUAGACAAUUUGCAAACCAGGAAAUUCCGACUGAUCUGAUACGGUACUUGCAGCCAGCCAGCAACAUGCUCAUCAAAGAAUUCCACCACGACGUCCCCACCAAAGCGGGCGGCGAGGGUAGUACCAUGCUGGGGUGGGGCAUUUUCGUCUUCCAUCCCUCUCUGCCAGGGUAUCCGAAUGCAAAGUUCCCUGGUGUGGUGGUCUUUAGUGAGAUUUAUCAAGUGACCGGCCCCGUCGCCCGCUUCGCCCGCCAGAUCGCCGGCCAAGGCUAUAUCUGCGCUGCGCCCUCCACCUACCACGAAUUCACCGGCCCCGAGCCCCUGAAAUACGACGCCGAAGACACCGACAAAGGAAACAAGUGGAAAGUCACCAAGAAACUUGCUGCCUAUGACGAGGAUGCCGCGCUGACGGUCGACUACCUCCUCUCGCUGCCAACGUGCAACGGCCGCAUCGGCGCUACGGGCAUGUGUCUCGGUGGGCAUCUGGCCUUCCGCUGUGCGCUGGACCAGCGCGUCAAGGCUGCGGUAUGCUAUUUCGCGACUGACAUUCACAGCGCGACGCUGGGUGAGGGAAAGAAUGACGACAGUUUGAAGAGAGCGGGCGAGAUCAAGGGAGAACUCCUCAUGAUCUUUGGCAAGAACGACACCCACGUCCCUCCCGAAGGACGGGAUCUGAUCCGUCGGACGCUGCACGAGAAAGGCGUGUUGUUCAGCUUUUACGAGGUGGCUUGGGCGCAACACGCCUUUAUCCGUGAUGAGCUCAGCAAAGGCCGUGACGGAUAUUGCCUGUCUGAAAGGAUGCGAGACCACCAGAUGACGUUGAAUGCAACCAUAGAUAAAGACAACAAGAACUCUGACUAUCGAGGGAAGCGGAUCGUCUAUGUCAAAAUCCUGCACGAUGGCAUCCUCCAACUCGACCACUGCGUCAGGGGCGCAGCAAUCCUCUCCCAACUGCGACACCUUCCGCGCUGGAACGAAAACUGGACAACCUUGACCGUGCAAAGGGACGCCUACACCGGCCAAAUCAAGUCUCUUCCUGACUGGUUUGGGCCGCAUUCGGUGAACGUCCGCGCACUCAAAAUCUACCCGGACAGCCUGACGCUGUUCGACAUUGCGAAUCUGCAGCACUGGGAGACGCUCAAGGAUCGCGUCACGCGAGUGGUGCUGUCGUGGCCGCCUGAGGGUCAGCUCGCCACGGCCAUUCUCAAGAUCGCCAAUUUCGCGCACGACCUUCCGUAUCUGAUGCAGGAGAUUGAGGCAUACACUCUGUUGAUGGAGAGCGGCUGUACGGCAGUGCCGGGGUUGCUGGGAUACGUCUAUGAAGAACACACAGACCGCGUCGUGGGGAUUCUGAUCGAGGACGUCGUGGGGCGUCCUGCUGGGAUCGAAGAUCUUGAAGCUUGCCAGGACGCGGUGCGCAGGCUACACAACGCCGGCAUCAUCCACGGGGAUCUCAACUCAUUCAACUUUCUGGUGUCCGAAACAGGGGCCACGAUCAUUGAUUUCGAGACGGCGAAGUUUGCAGAUUGCUACUCGAGGGAGUCGGCCAGGCAGAAGGCGGAAGAAAUGAAAGGUCUUGAGGACAAGCUACGGGGAGUCUGCGACGAGUCUCCGCCCGGAGUGAGAUACGAAGACUUCUAG